AUGAGCUCAAACCACAAUAUGGACAAUGAAAGAAUCGAAGACGAGAACGACAGCAUUGAUCCUGAUCUUGACCCGACGGCUACCAAGAAAAAGAAAGCGCCAAAUUACACCGAGCCAGAGGAUUUUGAGUUAUGUCGUGCUUGGAUUCGUAUAUCGGAAGACCCUGCGGUUGGAACACAUCAGGACGGAAAUACGUUUUGGCAAAGGGUGACGACUGCGUACCAUGAGGCCAUACCAACUCCGAUUCGACCGAUCGACAGCACCAAAAAGAGAUGGGGCAUCUUGCAGCGCUGGAUCAACAAGUUCCGUGCUUGCGUCGAUCAAGCCGAACAGAUGAAUCAGAGUGGUCAGUCUGCCGAGGAUCAGUUAAACCGGGCUCUUCGACUAUACUCGCAUGACCUUCAAACCCACUUCAAGCAUCUCCGUUGCUACAAUAUGCUGGUGAAAUGUCCCAAAUGGAACUCAUACACUCACGACAACAAAAAAAGGGCCUCGGCUAAGAAAAAACGACCCAGAACCCCUAGUGAAGAGGCCCCUUCGGCUCCAGCAUUGACUGCCCCGGACGAGUCGACUCCUGUACCUGCGGAUUCUGUCUCCGACUUUGAAGGCACCCCAGAUGAAGUUGCAACCCUUGAGAGGCCUAUGGGGAAGAAGAAGGCCAAGGUUGCUCACCAAUUGGCCAUGAAGGACACCGCCUGGAAGGAGGACGUUGCUCGAGCACAUAUCAAUAUCGCCACCGAAUCAAAGCGCAAUAACAAUAUCCUUGAUAAUGACUCUCAAUCCCUCAAGGUCAUCGCCGACAAUGGGAAAACAGCUGCCCAGCUUGCCAUCAUGAACAAGGACCUCGAGGGUCUUGAUGACCAGCAGAAGGAGUAUUUUCAGCUGAAAAGAUCAGAAAUCCUCUCUGCACUCCGAUCGACGUCCUCCAGUCGAGCUCAAAGCUAG